GCGCGGCUAUCCCGGCGUGCCGCGCGCCGCGGCCUCCUCUUUCGCCGCCAUCUUGGAGCGGAGCGGCAGGGCCGCCGGGACCAGCGCCGCGCCGCCAUGUCCGGGAGACUGUGGUCCAAGGCCAUUUUUGCUGGCUAUAAGCGAGGCCUUCGAAACCAGAGGGAGCACACGGCCCUUCUGAAAAUUGAAGGCGUUUACGCUCGCCAAGAGACUGAAUUCUACUUGGGCAAGAGAUGCGCGUAUGUGUACAAAGCUAAAAACAACACCGUAACUCCUGGUGGCAAGCCCAACAGAACACGAGUCAUCUGGGGGAAGGUGACCCGCGCCCAUGGAAACAGUGGCAUGGUUCGUGCCAAGUUCCGCUCCAACCUUCCAGCCAAGGCCAUUGGUCACAGAAUCAGAGUGAUGCUGUAUCCAUCAAGGAUCUAAAUUUUUAUUGAGAAUAAAAUGUAGCGUCUGUUCCAUUUUUGUA